UUUAAUGUAACCAACUCUGAAAAUGAUCUUUUAUUUCCUCUUAAUCUUUUAGUUUCCAUUUUCCUUCUUGGUCCUUUAAUAAAUCUCUGUAUGUAAGCCACUUCCCCUUUUUACCAAGUGGUUUGAGCAACAAAGCUUCAACUGUUGACAGCCACCAAAGUGUCUUUUGUUCAAUACUUUGAUGUUUUCACAUACUGUAGAAUUCUAUGUGUCAUAUUUUAUCUGCACAAUCGGGAUGAAUUUCAGGAACCAAAAAGUCAUAUUGAAAAAUACAGCUUUAGAACCCAUCUGGCCCCCAAAAUGGCAACUAGGCAUUCCCUUUUGGCGACUGUAACCCUGGCUUAAGGAGCCAUUUGGCUACCUGGCUUAGAUAUAUUGAGUUUUCAAAGUGUUGGUGCUGACCUUUAAAGCCCUAAACAGCCUUGGCCCAGUAUACCUGAAGGAGCGUCUCCACCCCCAUCGUUCAGCCUGGACACUGAGGUCCUCCUCCAAGGGUCUUCUGCUGGUUCCCUCCCUGCGAGAAGUAAUGCUACAGGGAACCAGGCAGAGGGCCUUCUUGGUGAUGGCGCCCACCCUGUGGAACGCCCUCCCACCAGAUGUCAAGGAGAUAAAGAACCACACAACUUUUAGAAGACAUCUGAAGGCAGUCCUGUAUCGGGAUUUUUUUAUGUUUGGCGUUUUACUGUGUUUACAUGUCCUGUAAGCCACCCAGAGUGGCUAGGGAAACAUAGCCAGAUGGGUGGGGUAUAAAUUAUAAAAUUAUUAUUAUUAUUAUAACUGAUCUGGUUGGCCACUGUGAGAACAGGAUGCCAGACUAGGUGGGCCAUUGGCUUGGUCCAGUAGGGCUGUUUUUAAUGGAUGCCUUUCUGACGUUUCAGGCGUCUAUGGAGGAGGAGGCGGCUGCAAAUACCUCUGCGGCAGGCCAGGCUCAGGCAGCUGUGAAACAGAGGCAGCCAUGGCAGGAAAUGGAACAGGAAGUCGACAAUGAGGAAGCCAGGUGUCUGAGUGAUGUGCAGGUAGUUGAGAAUGAGGUAGAACCAUGUGUGAUUCUGCCAGGACUUAAGCACGAAGAUGUAAAAGAGCACUUGAAACACAAGAGAGUUCCUACAAGAGAGAGACCCCAUAAAUGUGAACAAUGUGGGACAAGCUUCAAUUGGAAGUCAAACCUUAUUGCACAUCAAAGACUCCAUGCAGGGGUGAAGCCAUAUAAACACUCCAGGGGUGCAAAGAGCUUCUGCCAUACAUCAAAAGUUGCCAGAAGUCAGGGAAUUUGCACAGGAGAGAUGCUCUAUAAAUGUGACGUGUGUGAAAAGAGCUUCAAGAGGAAGUCGAACUUGACUGCACAUCGAAGAAUCCACACUAGAGAGACAUUUCAUAAAUGCUCAUACUGUGACUACAGCUUCAGUAACAGCACAAACCUUACUGCACAUCAGAGAACCCAUACAGAGAAAAAGCUAGAGAGUGGCACCAGUUAUGCUUCUCAAGCAAGCUCUAUUGAACAUAAAACAGUCAGCACUGAAGAGAGACCUUAUAAAUGCUCAGCAUGUGAACAUAGCUGCAGUAGCAGCACAAACCUUAUUGCACAUUGGAGAGCCCACAUAGAGAAGCCGGGUUGUGGCAUAAGCUCUGUUCCUCCAUCAGACUUCGUUGGAGAUGACACAAUCCGCUCUGUAAAGAAACAUUUUAUAUGCUCCAAAUGUCAAACGUGUUUCAUGUCUCCCUUAAGCCUUGGAAUACAUCAGCUAGGUCACAAAGAGCAGGUACAGUAGAAAUUUUCAGAACUUGUUUGCUAAAUCAAAGGCAAAACAGGAAUUCACACAGGAAAUGCUUGGAGUGUGGAAAAAAGUGUACACCUUCUUUCACACCAAAGAACCCACAGGGGGGAGAAAUUAUCAUGAGAGAAUAUCCCAAUGCCUGUAGCUCGUGAGAUGGGGUUCUGCCUUAAGCUUUUGAAUACAGUCACAAUGCCCUGCUACAUUUAUCUGGUUAUCUUAUGUGUAAUUGCCUGCCUUUCGUGGGCACAUGGGAUAUUUUGAUUAUUUAAAACUACAUAAAAACUAUACUUGCAAAGUCCAUGUUCUCCCCACCCCUCAAGUUCUGGGCACUGUGGUUUGUUAAGGGCUGCUGGGAAUCCUAGUGAACUACAAUCCACAGAAUUCUCGAGGGGCGAGGAAUGUGCUUUGAAUAAGCUUUGCAGUUAUAGUGUAUACAUGGCCUUGUUGAACAAUUGUAACAAAGUAGUUUAUCAUUUAACUGUCCAAUAAAUGGCACUGUUCUCACUCAACACAGUUAACAAACAUUCUUUGUUUAGAUGUCAGUAGGGUCCAAUAUUAAAAGUAGUAGUAGUAUUAGCCGGUCUGUAUAAGGCCUCAGUCACACUUGGACUUUUAAUGUGGACUUGAAGUUGCUUGUUUCUCUCUUUUUUUUAACCUCUUUUACCCAGAACUGCUCUGGCAGAAUCUGCUGUACUUAAUUGAAACACAAACGUUUUAAAAUGUGGGGUGGGGGUGUUGUUGGGUUGUUGCUUUUU